AUGCCCGGCGCUUCACGCUCCGGCGCCGCGUCCGGCAGCGGCCAAUCGGGCGGCGAGAGCACGUGGGCCAGGGACCAGGCUGUGGAGCUGCUCAACGGCGCGAAGCUGUCCACCGAUGCGGCCGCGAAGUCCACUCACCUGAAGCAGCUCGCCGAGCUCGUGAUCCGCAAGGACCCGUCGCUGCUCGGCGAGUUCCUCGAGCCCUUGUUGGAGCUCCAGGUGGAUCCGGCGGUGGCCGUGCGCAAGACGCUGGUGAGCCUGUGCGAAGAGAUCGCGACGGGGAAUCCGCAGCACCUCGCGAGGUGCAUCGCGACGCUCCGGGCGUUGCUCAAGGAUGCCGCCCCCGCGGUGGUGAAACAGGCCGCGAAAGCCUCCGGCCCGGUGUUCCGCGAGGCGCUCAUCGAGGCGGCGACGAAGGGCGAGGGUCCCCGGGUGCCCAAGGAAGUCACCGACAUGUGGACCGCCGCUAAGGCGCUGAAGGACGACGUCCGGAGGCUGGUGCUCGCCGAUCGCGUCAACGACGGGGUGCGGAUGCAGGCUGUCAAAUUCCUCGAGCUCGCCGUCGUGCUCUUCCACGGCCGCGAGUGGGGCGCGGGGAUCGUGCGCGACGGCCACGCCACCGUCUCGCUCGACGCCCUCGCCACCGAGGCGGACGACCUCAUGGGCGUCCUGCUCGAGUGCCUCAAACCGGAGACGUGCGCCGCGCAGGCGGGGACGGUGACGCUGGUCAUGAUCGGCGCCGCCACGUCGGUGAUGGGCAAGCUGCCCAUAUACACCGAUUUCGCGCUGCCGGCGCUGCUGGAACUCGCGGCGGCGAACGUGGCGGGGGACGCGGGGGACGCCAAGAGCGCCGCCACCGCGUCCAUGGCCAAGGAGCUUCGAUCGACGCUGUUGAACGCGCUGAAAUCGAGCGGCGAGCGAAACGAAAUCGCAGAGUACAAGUCUGAGCUCGUCACCGCGCUUCAGGAGCUCGGCGCGACGGAGGAGGUGGAGACGUGGCGACGGCAGGAGGAGCGCGCGGCGCAGAAGCGCAAGGAGCGCGAGGAGCGCGCCGAGCAGGAGAGGGUCAAGCGUCAGCGCGUCGGCGCCGGCGGGACGGGACGAGGUUUCGAACUGGCGCCCGACGAGAUCGAGAUCGAGACGGCGACGCCGCCCGAUUUGAUGCGUCAGGUGCUCAGCACGAUCGGCACUCUCGCGGAGAACGACCGCGCGAUGCUCCGCGCGUUCGUCACGCAGCUCGCCCCCGACGUCCUCGCGGACGUGGUCCUGUCGCAGCUCGCGAACACCGAUUCGGUGAACAGGCGGACGAUGAUCGACGUCGAGGCGGGCGCGGGGCGGGGCGUCGAGACUUUCGUGCUCGACGCGAUGGCGGCGCACGAACGCGGCGAUCACGGCGCUACUAGGGCGCCGCGCGCGUUGACGGACAAGGAGAGGCUCAUGAUGGGCGCCGGGGACAGCGACGGCGACCUCGCGCAUCUCGUCGCGGACGACGAAGGCGACGCGGAGAUGGAGAACGCACAGCUGGCGGCGGAGGAGGCGGACCGAGGAAGGUCGGGCUCUAAGAAGGGAUCCAAGGGGAAGAAGGGAUCCAAGGCGGCGGACCUCGGCGAGACCAAGUGCGCCGCGUUGACGGCGGAGCAGGUGCGGCACCACGGCAAGGGCGCGUUGACCCGAAUCGUGCAGGCGGCGGACCCCGGCGGACCCGUCGCGAGGAUGGGCGGCUUGCGGCUGCAGAACGUCUUGCUGACCCGGCUCGCCUGCGCCGCCGUCGCCGCCGCCGCGUCCGCGGAGGGACCGGACGCGGCGGGCGCCGUGGGCGGCGCGGCGUUGCACCACGGCGGCGGCGGCGGGGCGCUCGCGGAGACGGCGUCGUCCGCGGCGCUCAUCGCGGGUGCGCAGACGCCCUCCGCGGGUAUCCUGGAGUACCUCGUCUCGGCGCUGCCCGACCGCGGCGCCGCCUUUGCCGCCACCCGGCUGUUGGGCGCGAUCUUCGUCAACCAGACCCUGGGCCUGAUGGGGACGACAUCCGACGGGGGCGAGAAGGAAGCCGAGUCGUCGUCCGCCAAGGAUAAGGCGUCCAAGACUUCUAUCCAUCGCGUGGGUCCGUACGCGAGGACGCUGAUGACCCUCGCGGUGGGACUCAUCGACUCCCAGACCCCGGCUCGCAGGGAGCACUUCACGAGGCUUUUACUCGACGCGCCCGCGAUUCCGCCCCCGGCGAUUGCGCUGCUGAGGGCGACGUGCGCGCUCCCGCCGCAGGGACCAGCGCGGAAAGAAAUCAAGCGCGAGGGAGACGACGCCAUGGACGUGGACGCUGACGUGGAUACUGACGUGGACGCGUGGGGCUUUGGCGCGUCGGCGGACGGCGAGACGUUUUCGUGGGCCGGGACGCCGCUGCCGAAAUCUCCGGAGUCGCUCUCCGUGGCGCUCGAGACGGUCCGAUGUCUCAUCGAACGCCGACCCGUGGUUCGCGCGCAGUGCCUGGAGAUCGCGCUGGAGUGCGCGGUUUCGCCGAACGAGGACGUGCGAACGCGCGCGGUUCGGUUGGUGUCGCAGAGACUCCACGGCGUCAAAACCUUGGCGACGGGCAUCGAGGCUUUCGCGCUGCAUCACCUCGACGAGGCGAGCGCCGAGGGUAAAAGAGCGCUGGAGGAGGCCACGCGACUGGCGGAGAAGGCGAGCGAAUCGCUCGCACGCGCCAAGGAGAAAAAGGUAAAGGCGGAAAAGGAACGGGCGAUCAAGGCUGCGAAGCUCAAGGCGGAAGCCGAGGGUCGCGCGUACAAGCCCGGCGACGAAGACGGACCCGCUAGCUCGUCGGUCACCGAGGAGGACGCGCGGAAGAAGGAGGAGGCGGCGGCGGCGGAGGAGGCGGCGGCGCGGGAGAGGAUGACGUCGGUGGCGGUGGGCGACGCCGUGCGCGCCACCGCGAGGCACGUCGCGCUCUUCUGCGCGCUGUGCAACCGCAACAACUCGCUCCUGCCCCGGCUGUUUGACUUUUACGCGAAAUUGCCGGAGAUUUUGCGCCCCGCCGUGGUCGAGGGCGUGGCGUUCGACUCGCUCGUCAGGCACGUGGGUCCCGCGUGCGACGCGCUGGUCGCCGCCAUCGCGCAGCCCCCGCGCGGCGCCGAGACGCUGGUGCGCAGGGCGGUGGAGGUGCUGGCGGACACGUCGGAGUAUUCCGAGGCUGAGGCGCAGGCGCUGGCGGCGGCGGCGCUGGAAGCCGGCGAGGAGGCCAAGCCCCCGCCGCCGAAGCAGGCUCCCGCCGCGCUCAUCGCGGCCGUGGAGAAGCUCGCGGCCGCGAACGGCGACGACGUCACCUACCUCGUCCCCCUGCUCGGAUCGUUCGACGCCAAACGCGUCAAGGCGCUGAUGCCGCGGCUGGUUGGCUCCGCCCCCGAGAUCUUCUCCGCCGCUUUGGACAGGCUCACCGCGUCGAUCCCGCCCAAGCCACUCACCGCGCCGGAGAUCAUCGUCGCCCUGCACGACGUGGACCCCGCGAGGGACGGCGUGCCGCUGAAACGAAUCAUCGACGCGUGCGGCGCCUGUUUCGAACGACCGGAUGUGUUUCCCGCAGAGGCGCUCGCCGCGGCGCUGCAGAAGAUGGUCGAGUUUACGCCGCUGCCGCUGCUCUUCAUGCGCACGGUGAUACAGGCGGAGACGGCGGCGCCCACGCUGCGGGAGUUCACGCUCGGGCUGUUGAGGACGCUCGCGAGGCGGCAGGUGUGGAGGAUGGAUCCGAAGAUUUGGGAGGGGUUCGCUCGAUGCGCCAAGCGAUCGGCGCCGCGGUCGUUUCCGCUGCUGUGCGAGCUGCCGCCGUCGGCGCUGGGCGAGAUGUUGGGUAAGUUUCCCGCGAUGCGGCAGCCGCUGCUGGCGUACGCGAGCGCGCCGGCGGUGCAGUCGGGGAUAUCGAGGGCGAUCAUGGCGGUUCUGCAGGAGGAUAAGCAGCAGCAGGGGUGA